AAUUCCAAAACCGAUAAGAUAAAGUAAUAAAACAAGCAAUAAACCAGCGAUCUAAAUAAUCGUCCAUCAUGAAGCUUCAUUUUCUAGUUUUCUUUUAUUUGAUCAAUUUAAUUAAUAGUUCUUCCAUCAAAUUUGGCCCAAAUCCUGGGCUUCGUAUUAUUGGAGGAGAUAUUGCGAGAGCUAGUCAGUUUCCAUUUUCAGCAGCAAUUCUUUCCAAUUACCCAACUGGGUCUUUUUUCUGUGGCGGGGCUCUGAUUAGUAACCAAUGGAUUUUAACAGGAGCACAGUGCAUUAUAAAUGCUACACAACUUACCAUUUAUCUAGGCUCUAAUAAAAUAGAUGGAAAUGAUCCUAAUCGUGUUACAGUAGCAACUUCUACUUAUAUAACACAUCCCGGGUUUAAUCCUGAUACUUUAGAAAAUGAUAUUGGGCUCGUCAGGUUGCGAUUGCCUGUUGAAUUUAAUGAAUAUGUAUCAGCCAUAAAUUUGCCUUUACUCGGACUUGAAAAAGAAGCUGUUGUUACAGCAAUUGGAUGGGGCCAAGAAAGUGACCACAAUCCUGGUCUUGUAAGUAAUCUACACUUUGUAGAACAAGUCACAAUUUCGAACGAAGAAUGUAAGCAACUUUAUGGUAGUCAAAUUGUGGAUAGUAUGGUGUGUGUUGUUGGGCAAGAUACUGAAGGGAUUUGUACUGGUGAUAGUGGUGGUCCAUUGGUGGCAUACAGAAAUGAGCGAUCGGCGGUGCACGUUGCCAUUGCUUCUUUUCACAGUAGCACUGGAUGCGAAAGUGUUUAUCCAUCUGGAUAUACUAGAACUUACCCAUAUCUGGACUGGAUCACAAAUGUUACAGAAAUCACACUUUAAUUUUUAGUAUUCAAUAAUAAAAAUUUCAUAACACA